UCGCAGGUCUUCAAUGGUAUGAUUUGAGAUCUCUUUCACCAAAACGCGAAUCAUAUGAUUUCAACGGUCAGAAAGUGACCAAAAAUAAAAUCAACAUUUAUAGUACCGGACUGUCGUUCCACGACGUUAUGUUGGCCACAGGUCGUAUCCCAUCGGGUCCUGAGGUUGUAUUCAUGGACUGUACAAUUGGUGGUGAAUUUGCCGGUCGUUUGGUUGAAACGGGUGAACGGGUUAUGGGUAUGGAAUCGGGCCGUUGUUUCGCGACAUCGGUCUACGCGGCGACUCAUACUUACGCUAAAAUCCCUGACCACUGGUCUAUGAACGAUGCCGUCUCUAUAUUGAGUACUUAUAGUACAGCUUAUUAUGGAUUGAUUAAAGCCGGAAGACUUAGGAAAGGUGAAAGCAUUUUGAUACACUCGGCUGCGGGAGGAGUGGGUCAGUCGGCUAUCAAUAUCUGUAAACACUAUGAAUGCGAUAUCUAUGCGACGGUCGGUAACGACGAGAAGAAACAGUUUUUGAUGAAUGAAUACAAUAUACCGGAGAAUAAGAUAUUCAACUCAAGAGAUAUACUCUUCAAGAAUCAGAUAAUGGAAGCGACGGAAGGAAAUAUG